AUGUCUUCUUUGCCAACAAGUAGUAAGGAUUUAAAUACCAGUCAUGGGAGAUCUCCAAUACCAAUAGUGUUACGUAGACUGUUCAAGACACCAAAGAAUCUUGAUUUCGAGACGGCCAUCUGGGAAAUGCUUCAUUUAAUAUUCAAGCCGAGAAAAGCAUUUAGGUCGUUCUAUUAUCAACGUCAAACAAAAAACCAAUGGGCUAGAGAUGACCCAUCAUUUUUCAUUUUGCAAAUAGGACUGCUCACCGUAAGCUCGAUCGUAUGGUCAAUAGUCUACGGGCAUUCAAUAUUUGGUUUUCUAAAGAUGAUGAUUAAUAUGAUAUUCGUGGAUUUCUUUUUCUUUGGAUUCGCAGUGGCUACCUUCUUUUGGUUACUACUGAAUAGGCCAACUUUCAAAUUUCGAUCUGCAUUGGAUUCUCAGGUGGAGUGGGCAUACUGUUUUGAUGUGCACUGUAAUGCUUUUCUCAUAAUAUGGGUAAUGCUUUACUUCUUACAGUUCCUUCUUUUACCCAUUAUUCAUUUACAUAAAUGGAUUGGAUUAUUCGUGGGUAAUUCAUUGUAUUGCUUUGCAUUUGCCCAUUAUUUUAUUUUAACGUUUUACGGUUAUAGCCAAUUGGCCUUUUUAAAAAGCAUCAACUUUAUUUUAUUUCCCGCUUUAGCAUUUGCAGUUUUAUAUUUUAUUAGCUUGGUAGGGAUAGAUUUGUCUAGCAAGCUAAGUUUCUAUAAUUACUGA